UUUACCAACACCCAAACGUCCGUCGGGGUGACCAGAGCUACAACAGUUGAAUGGGUUAACAUACUCCAUCGGAAUCCAACAGAGACCUAGAAACGUUCCUCAGGACCUAAAAGAGAGUGUGAGAAACCAAUUGGUUUAUACUAGUUCGCAAAAAGAGAUUGGAUAGUGGAUAAUGAAGGUCGGUCGUUUUUAGAUAGCGCUCUUUUGAGACAAAGACCACUUUCCGCGUUAACGGUCUAAAGCGCUCUUUACACAUUGACACUGGAGUUUGGAAAUGUCGUCUUCUUCACCUGCAAGUUAUGAAAAUGUGUCCAAGGUAGCAGAUUAUAUACGAGCGUUGGUUAGUAUUGAACCAGAGAUAGGGGUCAUUUGUGGAAGUGGUUUGGGACAGCUUGCCGAUGGAAUAAGCAACCCGAAGAUAAUCCCAUAUACGGACAUACCUGGCUUUCCAAGAACGACUGUUGCGGGACAUUCUGGAAACCUGAUAUUCGGAACUCUAAGUGGUCGUAAGGUGGUUGUGUUGCAAGGACGAUUUCAUAUGUAUGAAGGAUACAGCAGACAUGAGAUAGCUAUCCCGAUACGCGUUAUGAAACUGUUGGGUGUCAAAACUCUGUUGAUUAGCAAUGCUGUUGGCGGUUUGAACAGAGAUCUAAAAAGUGGUGAUUUCGUCAUCUUGAAAGACCAUCUUUACUUUGCUGGACUGUCACUGAACAACGUCCUGGUUGGUCCGAAUGAUGAAGCAUUUGGCCCUCGAUUUCCAGCACUCUCGGAUGCCUAUGAUUUGAACUUGAGGAAAUUAGCCCUUCAAGUCGCCAAAGAGGAGAACUUUCAGGACCUGGUUCACGAGGGUGUCUACUGCAUGAAUGGUGGUCCUAAUUAUGAAACACCUGCUGAGUGCAAGAUGUUGCUUAUGAUGGGUUGCGAUGUUGUUGGUAUGAGUACCAUACCAGAAGUAAUACUUGCUCGUCAUUGUGGAAUGAAAGUACUUGCCGUUUCAUUGGUCACAAAUAUAAGUGUACUGGAUGUUGAAAGUAAAGUGAUCGCAAACCAUGAAGAAGUUCUAGCAAUGUCUGCCAAACGUGCAGGUUUAUUACAGUCAUGGUUUGAGAAGAUUAUCGCCAGAUUGCCGUUGGAUUGAAAUAACUGGGAUAUCUUAAUGUUUUGUGCAGUGACAUUUUCAAUCAAAUAGUUUUGAUUUAUGAAUAUACUUGAUUUUUAUUGAUGAA